AAUUUGGAAGGAAUUGCAUUUAUUUAUUGGAAACAAAAUCAGAAGAGGUUCGCCGGUGAACAACCCAAAGCAUUUAUUGGAGAUCAUAAAUGAGAAGACAAUUGAGUUUUAGUGCUUCCUUUCAAUUAACAUAAUUCAUUGUCCAAUUAUUAUUUUAAUUUUAUUUUUACAUUUAGAGAUAUAUUCUGAAAUAGAUCCAAAAAUAGAGCUUCUUGCUAAUGGUGCAAAAGACUGUAUUGAAGAUUGAUGUUUCUUGUGAAAAAUGCAAGAAGAAGAUCCUCAAAGCUGUUUCGGGUCUGCCAGGUAUAGAGAAAAUUGAAAUUGAUGGAGCAAAAGGGACUUUGAGCGUAACGGGGAACGCUGACCCAUACGAGGUCAUUGUAAGAUCAAGGAAAGCUGGGAAAUUUGCGGAAGUGAUCAGUAUUGGGCCUCCACCAGCUCCUCCAAAACCAGAUGGACCGAAGAAGCCCGAACAGAAAGGGCCCAAGCCCCAACCCGAACCCCAGCCCAUGGCCCAUAUGUAUGGGCCUCCCCUUCCCUUAAUCUGUCCUUGCUGUCAGAGAUAUCCACAUGUCGUUCACGUGACACGCAGGGAAGAACCCACCCCACAAUGCUCAAUUUUGUAAGUGCGCAAUUUUGAUACGGACCAAUCAAUGUUAUAAGUUCGAAUAUUGAUAGGGGCGGAUU